AUGAUGAAUGUGGAAGACUACAAGCAGGCCUUGGUGAAACUUCCUGGAGAGUCACCGAGAAUGGUUCUCCUUGAAGAAAGUUUCGCUCAAUAUGUCAUUGUUGGUGAUACACUGAAACCAAAUGCUUUCCCCAGCUGUGGCAAAUGUGAAGGAUUUCGGGUGAAGCUGAGAAAAGCAAAUGGAGACACACGGAAAAAGUUGGAAUCACUUCGAGAUGCACACUUGAAGACAGCUGAAGUACAGCGAUCCAAUUAUGCAGACCACAAAGUUAUGGCUCUCAGGAAUGAUGAUUGGCUCACAAUGGUGAUUGAUGGCAUGGACCAGGCAAAGACCAACAUCCCGCGUUUUGCCAAGGAAGACAAACACACCACAGGCUUACCAAAGAUCAUCACUCACAUCACUGGAGUCAUGGUGUACACCGGCAAGGGUGUUCGUGAAUUUGCCUUUGUAGACAUGGGGCAGUUUCCACAUGAUUCAAAUUUAUGUGUGGAAGUCAUUCUUCGAUCACUCCUGCUUGUGAAGAUGGACUUGAAGAAUAAACUCUUCCUGCAGAUGGACAACUGUGCCAGGGAGAAUAAGAACAAGUUCAUCUGUGCUCUUGCACAUCUCCUGGUGGAGACAGGCAUAUUUGAAGAAGUUAGUUGAUGUCUUCCUUACUUCCCACC